AGCCUCCCCGCUGACGAUACGCGAGCUCUCGGCCUCGGAGUCGCGUCGUCCGGGCUCCGACAUCCGCGAUCGUCGUACGGCGGUCGUACAUUGACGGUGGGCACAAUCUACGGUUCUCCAAGUCGACGGAAGUCGCGACGCCAUCAUCGUCAUUCGUGAUUCCUCGAUACCUCGCGUGCUCCGCCAGCUCCCUUCUCGCUGUAAAUAAUCAUCAUCGACGAGAUCAAGUCAAGUUCUCCGAUCAUUUUUGAUGCACCCUCAUUGAGGAAACGUUAAGAAGCGAAAGGAAGAAGAAGGAGUAGGGUAAAAGAGAAGGAAAAGUCGUUGAAGGGGCGCGAACGCCCCACCAGGAAAGGACGCCCUGGCGGAGACUCGCAAGAACGACGGGACGACCGACGUCGUGGAAUCGAAUGUCGAAGGGUUGCGCGCGGACAUGGACGAGCAUGAGAUACUGCUUCUUCCGCCCUUCUCGGGUGCCAGCAGCAAGGAACGUACAAGGAAGAAGCUCUGGCGUAGCGCGGUAGAGAUAGUGGCGAGCGAUGACGAGGAUUCGGAUGCGGACGAGCACGAGUGCGCCUUCUUCCCGGCUAAGCGACACUGCACGCAAUUGUCCAAAGCCAACGAGGCUUGUUCGGACACGGAACAGCACACGAGUACGGAGACACCAACUAGCAACGUGGGAAAUCUUGAUUACGACGAAAUUAUAUAUCAAAUACAGAUCGAAGAGAAGCUAAAGUUAUGGCAAGCUUUCCAAGAAGAGGAGGGAUCCAUGGAUAAUAGCAUCAAUGAAGUUUUGGCUUACUACAGAAUGAUGCAUCCACCUGAUCCUUUGGAGGAAGAGUCUAUUGGUUCCAGGUUUCAUAUGUCAUACAGAGGGAACGACAUGGAGGACACAGCGGUGACGAUGGCGAUCCGUAAUCACGGCUUAGUCCAGUCGACCGAGCUCCCUCUUCAACCUCAUUACUGUAAAUGCAUAGGUGUUGAUUGUUCCUUUUCGUCCAAAUGUAUGUAUGAACUCGAGGACUUUCCUUACGGGGCGGUCUACAGUAAUGUAGAAACGGGGCGAUGCAAUGCGUUGGAUGCAGAUAAAGUAUACGAGUGUGAUCAGCCGGAAGACUUCCUAGAACGCGCCGUAGGUGAGGCGAUUAAGAAGAAAGGUCUAAGCGCUCUGAGUGUGGAUUACGGUUGAAUACGCUUCGU